UGUUGGAUGUGUACUAACCUAUUUUUCAAAAAGUUGGGUGUAACAAGAUGGAGGCUAGCUGUGGAGGGUGUACCAAGAUGGCAGCGCACAGUCACUAGACUUGCAGGAAGCCUCUGCCACGCCAGACUCAGCAACAUGUCACUCCUCAGAUUCAUUGAUAUCGGCAUCAAUCUGACAGAUCCUAUGUUUAGAGGGAUUUAUAGAGGCACAAAGAAGCAUCAAGAUGACUUUGCAGAUAUAAUUGAACGGGCUGUGAAGACUGGUGUACAGAAGUUUAUGAUCACAGGAGGAAACCUACGUGAAAGCGCAGAGGCAAUACAACUCGCACAGACCAAUGAUCGGUUCUACAGCACGGUUGGCUGCCACCCCACCCGGUGUGGAGAGUUUGAGACUGAAGACCCCGACCAGUAUUUAUCUGACCUACAGAACCUGCUGGACAACAACAAGGGGAAAGUUGUAGCUGUCGGGGAGUGUGGUCUUGACUAUGACAGGCUGGAGUUUUGUCCAAAGGAGACGCAGCUGAAGUAUUUUGAAAAGCAGUUUAUUCUGGCCGAACGCUCGAAGCUUCCCAUGUUUCUGCACUGCAGGAACGCCCACAAGGAUUUUCUAGAUAUAAUGCGGAGGAAUCGGGAUCGCUGUGUUGGAGGAGUGGUUCAUUCAUUUGAUGGUACAAAAGAAGAUGCAGAAGAUAUAAUCAAUUUGGAUCUGUACAUCGGCAUUAAUGGCUGUUCAUUAAAGACAGAGGCCAACCUGGAGGUGCUGAGAUCUAUACCAAGUGAGAGGCUGAUGAUUGAGACAGACGCCCCCUGGUGCGGGGUGAAGAACACUCACGCUGGCUCAAAGUAUGUGAGAACCACUUUCCCGACUAAGAAGAAGUGGGAAUCCGGACACUGCCUGAAGGACAGAAAUGAGCCCUGUCACAUCAUACAGGUCCUGGAGAUCACAGCUGCAGCAAGAGAAGAGGAACCAGGGGAGCUGGCAGAGACAUUCUACACCAACACUACAAAACUGUUUUUCCCGGACGUGUAGUACGGCAGUUCUGGACAUAGUGGGGUAGAGGCUGGAUCCAGACCGUGGACCUGAUUCUGGAAUAGCAAGUAACAUGGGCAAAACAGUGUUGCACUGUAGGUGGGGCAGAUGUAAAAUGUGCAGAGAGGAUUGGAUUUGGGAAGGGUAUGUCAAAAUACAGUGUAAAAAUAAAGCUGCCCAGUAUUUGUGCGCUACAUGUGAAAGCAGCCCGUAUUAACCCUGCAUGCAAUAAAAAUAAAUUUAUCCCCCUUGCA